UCCUGUGGUCUUCGAGCUUCACUCAUAACUAUACUCUCUGCCAUGGCUCGUCCUGCCACAUUUGCUUUGUUAUUGGCGCUCACAGCUCUAGCUGUGGCCAAUGCUCAGAGGAGGAGAUUCAACUUCAACUUUCAGCCCCCUCCUCCACGACACCGCUUCAGCGUGGAGGCUUCGGGUGGAGGCCGCAACCACCGCAACUUCAACGUGGGCGGUUCUGUCCGCGGCGAGUAUGACGUGUAUCGAGGCAGGGACGGCACUCGGGUGGUGGCCUCUGGCGGAGUAUCGCACGGUGCGACCCGCAUCGACGGCAAGACGUACAAAGGCAGGCCUCAAGGCGCAGUGGGCAUCGGCGUCGAGAUCCCGAUCGGAAAGGGUCGAUGAACUUGGCGACAUACCAACACAGCAGCCACGACCAUCAGCUUAGGCGAAGAAAACUACGAAUACCGUGUUCAUUUGCCGAGCGGCUUUGCUUUUCUGUGAAUGCAGCGUGAUGAAGUUAAAGAACGAGGUAUUUCUCUGUGACGAUAUCGAAUUAAUUCAGAUAAAUGUUCGGUUCAGCCUGA